AAUUAAAAGUAAAACGUAACAAUUUCAAUUGUGACGUUACACUCAAAUAGUAAAAACAAGGACAGUUUGUCAAAAAUGAAAAUGGUGUAACAAUACCGCAAUGCCAGAAACCACGAAAUAAAUACGAAUUGAUCCUUAUUGUUCCUGUGCAGGUCUUAUUAAUAAACCUUUAAUUGAAUUAUUUUCGUUUUCUAAAAUCCAGAGGUGUGGGGAAAUUUUAAGCAUAGCUAUAUAAAAGGGUUAUAAUUUUAAACAAGCCAAAACAGUUAACUGUUAUUGGAUAAUACGUGUAUAGUUGAUUAGAACGGUACAGAAUGUGUUUACCACAUGGUCGUUGUUUUCUCUCUCUAUAUAUAAGUUUUGUUCUAUGUGUAAUAUCGACUGGCCAACCGGAAACUUCUGAAAAGCAUCCUAACUGUUUGAGACAUGAAGAAAUAACAAGGGUCGCCUAUAAACGCUGGAUGCUUCAAGUAGGUUGCGAUUCAUCUAUAUUUAUGCAGUAUGAAUAUGAUGAUGAGGAUUACUAUAGUUACAACGAAGAAUCCCAAACAAGUUAUACGUGUAUUAUUUGGAAUUUGGAAAAAAAUGUUCUCCUGAUAAACGUAACAGCUACGUCAACAGACAUCGAUGAUAUUUCGUAUAAAGAUCAUAAUGUUAAAGCCGAACCACAGGCAUUUCUUGUACAAAUGGUAGCUCAAGACUCGGGUUCGUGCAAAGAGAUACUUUACAAUUACACAGUAAUAUACCUACCGAAGCAAAACUGUCAGGAAAAUAUAAAUACUGCUAGAAAAACCAAAUGGCAUAUUGGGAUACCUGAGAUUUUGACAUGUACAACUAGCAUAAGCGGAAUUCCAAUUCCUCCAAAUACCACGAUAACUUGGUAUAAAAACUGCAGAGAUCUGCCACAAACCGUAUUUCAAAUUAAGAAGGGCGUCUUCAAAAACUCGUUGAGGUUCCCAUCAGUGGGGUACGAACAUUUUGGCGUUUAUACAUGCGCUGUUACAUACAAUGGACAGAGAAUGUUUUUAAAGAACUACGACGUAUGCAUAAGACCUCCUACGUAUACCGGCAGACCAAAAAUCGGUUUAAAAUGUCAGAGUGAAGAAAUUUCCACAAAAUUGGAUCAAGACGUUGUGUUUGCUUGUGAAGCGAAGAUGUUUUUUGGAAGCAUUGAUCGCUCUGAUAUUACGAUACGGUGGAUUCAUACAGUCAAUAACAAAAACACGACUCCUACUUGUGUGAACGGAAUAGCCUUGAAAGUUAACAGCACUGUUCGUUCUGGCUCGUCUUGCUCAUUUGAAUUUCCUGACAAAUGCUACAGCCAUAAUGCAACUAUUGACGAAAGAAGUUAUACACCUUUAGUUUUACCCUUGAGGUUUAACAUAAGGAAUGUAAAGAAAACGGAUCUUGGGGUAUAUGAAUUACAAGUCAAAACACUGGACCUACAAAACAACGUAUCAAUAGCUUUGAAUUUUUCCCAAGACAAAAGUUCACUCGUGGUAGGGUUAGCAGUGAGUCUGGGCGCUCUGUUCUUUCUGCUGUUGCUCGUUUUUAUUCUCUGGUGGAACAGAAUCUACGUUUCCGUUAUUUACAAAAGAAAGUUUGGACCUUAUACCAAAGACACUAAAGAUUUCGGAGCGUUUCUGUCCUAUCAAUUCACGAUGGACAUGGACCGAUUUUCCCAGCAGCAAACUCGUGAUGUUGUAUCUUCUACAGUUACUGCCCUUAAUGAUAUCCGCUUCACCGUGUUUGACCAACAUAAGGAUAUUGGAGGAGAAUUUAUGGCUGAAAAAGCGAUCCAAUCAAUGUCUGAAUGUCACAGAGUUAUUAUUAUUCUGACAUCGGAAUAUAUAAAAGACAACUGGAGUGUGUUCAGUUUGCAGCAGAGCUUCAUGAAAAUGAUCGAUUCCGGAAGAAAAGUGAUUUUUAUUCUUGUUCCAGGAAUCCAGGAGUUUACUAAACAGAAGGGAAGCGAAAAUGAGACUUGUAGAAUGAUAGAUAGAGCUAUUAAGCUGAAUGAUUCUAUCCUGUGGUCAGACAACAAACAUUUCAACAAAAACAAGUUUAAACUGAUGUUGGAAAAAGCUAUGCCGAAAGUUCGACCAAACAACAGAAAAGGGGAAAAGGAAUGAGACAGCACUGUUUUUAUUUCGUAGAAAACCCCAUGGCAUAGUUUGAUUGACAGGGGAACAAAAACUCACCGUACGAAAAAACUAUAUAACGUUUUACUGCUGUGUAUUAUCGGUAUUAUUUUUCUUUUAUGACAUAAAAAUUAAGCUGCCCGGUUUGUGAAAAUACAUCAAACG